UGCGGGAGCGGCCCAAGAAAUAGCAACAACAACAACAACAACAAUAACAAAAAAAAAAAAUCUAAAACAAUCUUGAAUUAUGUCUAUAAAGUUAUAGCAUCCAGAUCUUAAUAGUUCAACAAUUAUUUUUUUUCUUCAUCAGACCUCAUUUGGGUACUCUGUAAUACUCUGGGUAUUAUGUUUUCAAAGGGGCAUUUUGAAAUUAAAGUACCUGUAUCAUUUUACUAUUGCUGCCAUAAAAAAUUAUCACAAACCUAUUAUCUUAUAGUUCUCUAGGUCAGAAAUCCAAUAUGGAUCCCACUAGCACCAAGGUGCUAUCAGGCCUUUCUGGAGGCUCUAGAGGAGAAUGUGUUUCCUUGCCUUUCCAACUUCUCUCAACCCCCUUCUUCCAUCCUCAGAGCCAGCAAGAGCAAGUCCUUACCCUACCUCCCUUUUAACCACAGCUGGGAAAGAUUGGACGCAUCUGGAUCAUUUCCCCAUCUCAAAGUUCUUAACCUCAGUUGCACCUACAAAGUCCCUUUGCCAUGUAAAGUAACAUUUUCCACAGAUUCUGAUGAUUAGGACAUGGCCGUCUUUGGAGGAGGGCAUCAUUCUCUCUACCACAGUGCUUAUUGCAUAGGGUCACUAGGAUAGAGAAGGGGCUAAACUGGUUAUAGAGAAUCAGACUAAGAAGAAUUGAAGAUGAUCCCCAAAUAUAUUGCUUAGGAAAGAAUGAGAUAAUGUUUAUAAAGUGCUUAGUGCAGUAAGUACAUAAUAAAUGGUUUCUGCUUCAAAGGCUAAUGCUGCAAAUUGCAGAAAUAUAGUAGCUCAGAGGGAAAGAAGCUUAAGGAUAUGGGAGGGGAUGAAGCAGCAUAACAUUUUAUUUUGUGAAGAACAGAAUAUGGGAUCCAGAUUCUCACUUUACAUUGGAUCAGCAAGUGGUUUCAGUGUCAGAAAGCACUAAGUUUUGUAAGAAUUCUGUAUUAUAUUUCCCUAACUAGUGAAAGGGUUGAGGAGAAUGGAGGCAAUGGAGACCGUAGUAGAGAAGCAACUUUUUGGCCUCUUUCUGCUGUGAUUGCACAGUAUCUGUGUUCUGAGGAGAGAAAACUUUUAUCCAAGUAAGAACGCAAGAUUUUUGAAGCUCAGAGGACUAUUGUAUUGGUUCCUUUGUUUUUUUCCCAGGAACAUAUAGGGAGGAAAUCCCCUCUGAAAUCAGAACCCAGCCACCAGAGAUUAGGAGAUUUGUCAGGUUUUCUCUAUAAUCUUCCUUACAUUUGUCUCUUUAAACAUGUUCAACCUUUAAGAAGUUGCUGCUAAGUGGUUAUCUAGCAGGAGUUAAAUUAACAAACCCUCCCACCUUGUUGGGUGGUAGCUUCCAAGGCCUUGGUAAAUGUGUAUUGGUGUAAACCAGAUCCAGAACCAGCCAGGAAGGGAACAAAGUUUAGUCUGUGAGGAAAUAGGCGGCUGCUUGUAGUUUCAUGCUGUCUGCAGACUUCAGGUUGCUGUGGUGUAAGUAGGUUCUGAAGCCUUCUCUCACAUCGGUACUCUGUUCUAAGGAUCCUCUGAGUGUCAUCUCAGGACUUUGGGCACACUCAUGGCACGAUGGCCAACCCUCAGGAGCACCUGAGCGGCUCCUCUUCCCCACACUUACCUUUGAGUGAAAAUAAAACCUUCAAUGGACUACAAGAUGACAUCACACCUAUGGGGAGCCAACCUUCACCCAAGCUCCUUAAGGACCAGCAGGAGAAGGGGGUGGUACAAACAGAGCUACCUGAGGGCAUGAACAGCCCCAUCACCACAACAGUGUUGACAAGCAUAAGUGAGGAUUCCAGGGACCAGUUUGAGAACAGUGUUCUUCAGUUAAGGGAACAAGAUGAAUCGGAGAUGGCUGUGUCUCACAGGAACAGCAACACCAUGGACGGAGAGGGCACAAGUGGAACUGAAGACAUCAAGAUUCAGUUCAGCAGGUCGGGCAGUGGCAGUGGUGGGUUUCUUGAAGGACUGUUUGGAUGCUUAAGGCCUGUAUGGAAUAUCAUUGGAAAGGCAUAUUCCACUGAUUACAAAUUGCAGCAGCAAGAUACUUGGGAAGUGCCAUUUGAGGAGAUCUCAGAGCUGCAGUGGCUGGGUAGUGGAGCCCAGGGAGCUGUCUUCUUGGGCAAGUUCCGAGCGGAGGAGGUGGCCAUCAAGAAAGUGAGAGAACAGAAUGAGACGGAUAUCAAGCAUUUGAGGAAGUUGAAGCACCCUAACAUCAUCGCUUUCAAGGGUGUUUGUACUCAGGCCCCAUGUUACUGUAUCAUCAUGGAAUACUGUGCCCAUGGACAACUCUAUGAGGUUUUGCGAGCUGGCAGGAAGAUCACACCUCGAUUGCUAGUAGACUGGUCCACGGGAAUUGCAAGUGGAAUGAAUUAUUUGCACCUCCAUAAAAUUAUUCAUCGUGAUCUCAAAUCACCUAAUGUUUUAGUGACUCAUACAGAUGCAGUAAAAAUUUCAGAUUUUGGUACAUCUAAGGAACUCAGUGAUAAAAGCACCAAGAUGUCCUUUGCUGGCACAGUCGCAUGGAUGGCGCCAGAGGUGAUACGGAAUGAACCUGUCUCUGAGAAAGUCGAUAUAUGGUCUUUUGGAGUGGUGCUUUGGGAGCUUCUGACAGGAGAGAUCCCGUACAAAGAUGUAGACUCAUCAGCCAUUAUUUGGGGGGUUGGAAGCAAUAGUCUACACCUCCCAGUUCCUUCCACUUGCCCUGAUGGAUUCAAAAUCCUUAUGAAGCAGACAUGGCAGAGUAAACCUCGCAACCGACCGUCUUUUCGGCAGACACUCAUGCAUUUAGACAUCGCAUCUGCAGAUGUACUUGCCACCCCACAAGAAACUUACUUCAAGUCUCAGGCUGAAUGGAGAGAAGAAGUGAAGAAACAUUUUGAGAAGAUCAAAAGUGAAGGAACUUGUAUUCACCGAUUAGAUGAAGAACUGAUUCGAAGGCGUAGAGAAGAGCUCAGGCAUGCUUUGGAUAUUCGUGAACACUAUGAGAGAAAACUUGAGCGGGCUAAUAAUUUAUACAUGGAACUGAGUGCCAUCAUGCUGCAGCUAGAAAUGCGGGAGAAGGAGCUCAUCAAGCGUGAGCAAGCAGUGGAAAAGAAGUAUCCUGGGACCUACAAACGACACCCUGUCCGUCCAAUAAUCCACCCCAAUGCCAUGGAGAAGCUCAUGAAGAGGAAAGGCGUGCCUCACAGACCUGGGAUGCAGGCCAAGCGGCCAGAUCUGUUGAGAUCCGAAGGUAUCCCCAGUGUGGAAGUGGCUCCCACUGCAUCCCCUUUGUCUGGAAGUCCCAAAAUGUCCACCUCCAGCAGCAAGGGCCGAUAUCGGAGCAAACCACGCCACCGCCGUGGGAAUAGCCGAGGCAGCCAUAAUGACUUUGCGGCGAUCCUGAAAAACCAGCCAGCCCGAGAAAAUUCCCCCCAUCCCACUUACCUACACCAAGCUCAGUCCCAAUAUCCUUCUCCGCAUCACCCUAAUCCUCUGCAGCAGCAAUACCAGCAACCCCCUCCUGCCACGUCUCAGAGUCACCAUCCCAGACUCAAUAUGCACGGACAGGACAUCGCAACCUGCGCCAACAACCUGAGGUAUUUUGGCCCAGCGGCCGCCCUGCGGAGCCCACUCAGCAACCACGCUCAAAGACAGAUGCCUGGCUCUAGCCCUGACCUUAUCUCCACGGCCAUGGCAGCAGAUUGCUGGAGAAGUUCUGAGCCAGACAAGGGCCAGGCUGGCCCCUGGGGCUGUUGUCAGGCUGACCCCUAUGACCCCUGCCUCCAGUGCAGGCCAGAGCAGCAGCGUGGGUCCUUAGACCUGCCCUCUGCUGAGCCAGGGGGGAGGAGCCCCAACCUUUUCAAGUCACCAGCACACAAUCCCCUGUCGGAAAGUGCUCAAGCUUCUGAGAAGAUGGAAGAGAAUGAAUUCAGCAGCUGUAGGUCCGCAUCACCCCUUGGCACCUCUCAUCACAUCACCCCCCCAGUGCUACCUCGAAAAACCAGGCCCCUUCAGAAGAGUGGAGACGACUCCUCUGAAGAGGAAGAAGGGGAAGUAGAUAGUGAAGUUGAAUUUCCACGAAGACAGAGGCCCCAUCGCUGCAUCAGCAGCUGCCAGUCAUAUUCAACCUUUAGCUCUGAGAAUUUCUCUGUGUCUGACGGAGAGGAGGGAAAUACCAGUGACCACUCAAACAGUCCUGAUGAGUUGGCAGAUAAACUUGAAGACUGUCUGGCGGAGAAGCUAGAUGACCUGCUGUCCCAGACGCCGGAGAUCCCCAUUGAGAUAUCCUCGCAUUCAGAUGGGCUCUCCGACAAGGAGUGUGCUGUGCGCCGCGUGAAGACGCAGAUGUCUCUGGGCAAGCUGUGCUCAGAGGAACGUGGCUAUGAGAAUCCUAUGCAGUUUGAAGAAUCGGACUGUGACUCUUCAGAUGGGGAGUGUUCUGAUGCCACAGUUAGGACCAAUCAACACUACAGCUCUGCUACUUGGUAAUGAAAGAAUACACAUCCUGAAGAUCUCAUGGCUAUACUGGCAUUUCACAUCCAUCCCAUCCCCAGACUCUUCCCACUCUCUCCCUGCUUUUUUAUCUGGGAAGAGAGCUGCCCCAUCUUUCUUACCCCUAGAAAUGAGCUGCAAUAACAGGAACAUGAGACUUCGCAAAUCUCUGGAAAAAAGAAAUCCAAAUGAAAUUAAGUCUCACUGAACAUUUCAAUCAAGAAUGGCAGGGAUCUAUUUUAUUGAAAUUCUAGCUACUGUAACAUUGAUAUUUAUUUUUGUUUGACAUUUUAACACUUUGUACUGUAAAGAGUGAACUAUAUAUGAUAGAGAGAAAGACAAUAAUUUCUUGCAAAAAAAAGAGAGAGAGAGAAAAAAGAGGAAAGACAAGAAGUGGAAUUUAGGAGCAACAUCCUUGGGAAUUUGUGGGGCCAGGAGGUAUUAUUGCUACUUGAACAGGGGACCAGUUCUUUUGGCCCUAAGUGACGGAAGAAGAGCCAGAGCAAGACAUACUGGGCAUUUUAGAAAACAGGACAGCAAAAGAAAAGCAAUUCCAGGUAACUUGAGAACAGAUGGCAUUAAGUUCAACUAGCUUGUCCAGAUGGGUGAUGGAAAUGACCUAGAAAAGUUUGGAGACCAAAUACUUACACCCAAGGUCUUUGAGGGCAUGUGCUUCCUCUGGGAGGAAAAAGAAAACUGUAUAUGUGGAAGCUGAUCUCAUUUUUUAAACAAUUUAAGCAGCAUUUGGUAGUGAGACUUACAGAUAGCGUCCAACUUUGUCCUUGACAAGUGUUCCGCUUUUUAAUGCUGUCCAUGCCAUUACCUUGGCAAACGCAUUACCUUGACCAACGUGUUGAUUUUUCAGACUCAAGUGCCAUCUUCCUGUAGCCUAUUUCCUUUCCAUCUGUUGACCACUUCUUUUAGGGAAAAUGGGGGCGGGGGAGGGAGAGCCUGAGGAGGAGAGAAGGCUAAGACAAAACGAGAAUGUCCAGCAGUGUUGGGAAAGCACAUGGGAAUUUGUAAAAGUACAUUCUCAGACUAUUUCGGUUCAGCUCUGUGGAGAAGAUGGGAUCACCGCUCCCUGGAACCAGGGUGCUUGUCUACCAGUUUUGUUGAUUUAAACAGACUAGUCUUUGAAGGCAGCUAGGAUGUGUGUGAGUCUGCCCAAUGUCCAAUCCCAAACCAUCACCCAUGUUUUGAUUAUAUUAACCCAUUCUAUCCUGGAAGCUUUAGUGACUGGCCGCCACCAUCAGAAUAAAGGCAAAAUAAGCAACUUGCAAAGGCACCCCCUCCCCCACCAUGAGAGCAUUUUUGUUAAGUGCUGUUUGUAAAACAUGUUUGGGUCAAUGCAGUCUUGAAUAAUUGGAUUUGGAAAUUCGUAGAAAGAACAACUGGUGCUGAGCAGCGAUCGGAAAGAGUUUACACUGUCCGAGGUAUGAGGUCCUGCCUGUCUCCAUGGUCAUGGGCUCUGAGAAGCAUCCCAGGGUACGUCAUUGGUGCCUCAGCUUUAAGGAAAAUUUUAUCUAGAAUUUUAUAUAAAAGCAGGUGUUGGCCUACUUCCCAUCUCUGCCCCCAAGAUCAAUUACUGCCAACAACCUCUGUAGGCUGAAGACCUGGAGAGGAUGGCAAGAGGCUUUAACAUUGCAUCGUAUUGGACAUCAGGAAAGACUUAUGCACACAGGUAUUAAACCAUUUCCAAUGCAGAUGAAAACAUUGCGCUUCUCUGGGUGUCACUGACUGCAUCAGCCAAAAAGGAAACGCAGGAGGGAAUUGAGAGCAGUUCCUUUUGCUUGUUCGAUCCCUCCAUUUGUUUACACUUUAUGUUGAGACAUUGAUUUAAAAUUUAGUGUCUGUAAUUUAUAGCCCUUAGGUAGGAUGAAGGAAAAUGUUUAACUUAUACAGAGAGCAGUAUUGUUUCAUUAAAUUAUUCCAUUUUGUAUAAAUUCUGUAGCUGGCCUACAUGAAAGAUCUUAAGUUAUGGCAUUAUUAUCAUUGUUAUUUUAUUUUAUAAUAAUUAUUAUCAUUCUCAUUUUCUGUCGAUCAGAAGGUGUGGUUUACGGUAUAGCACAAUGAUUGUGUUUAUUGCUAACCAUGAAUUAUUAUGGAUUUUUAUGAUUUUUAUGAAGGAAUGAAAAUGUAGCUGCCGUUUGGGAGCUCCCUGGUAUUGGUCUUAGCUGUGUUCCCUCAUUUUCUCUGUACAACAAUCAUCUGAGGUUCUGCCCUGGAGCCCAAUGGAUACAUUGUGAUUUUGACCUGAUCACAAAAGCUCCUAGGUGGGCAGAUGACUGAGUGGCAGACAAAGAGUUCAAAAGCUGUAUACUUUCUCACGUUUCUUAAGAAAUAAAAUCAUGAGACUACAGUAGACGCACAAAGAGAAUUAUUUAAUACCCUGAGAGAAACAGGCUUAGAGGGAUUCUACAUGGGACCUGAGGGAUAGAUGGUUUCAACAACUGGCAGCAUGGUUUGUAAUCUCCUUCCUGCUAGAUGCCGUAAAAUCCCUUCUUUUUUUUUCUUUUUUUGGCUACACCUGUGGCAUGAGGAAGUUCCCAAGCCAGGGAUGGCGCCAGUAGCCAGAGCCACAGCAGUGACAGUGCCAGGUCCUCAACUUGCUGAGCCACCGGGGAACUCCAGCCUUUUUUUCUCCUAGUUGUGAGACUAAAAAAGGAAAUAAAGAGAUGGCAUGACAGAAAAUGUCUUAGUUGUGAUGUCAUCACACAGCAAGACUACAGAAAUUCUAGGAUGAGGCCUAGUCACUUAGAGAAUCGCAGAGCUGGAAAAGUAGCUGAAAAGGCCAUAUUUUUCAUCCUCUGACUUCAGAAUACACCAUACUGUGAAUCUCUCUCGUUUGUUACUUCUGGGAACAGAGAGGCUGUGACUCUGUGUCCUCUUUCUGUCUGAUAUAAAACAUUGAUCAUUCAGCUUUUCUAGCUUGCCCACCUCUAGUGGCCAAGGGGAAAGAUGAAGGUCAAAGGGGCUUAUACCUUUCCAUGAUGGUCUUCCUGGAAAACCCACCCAAUACCUCAUAAUUGUGAUAAGUUUUUUGAACUCCUCUCUUGACUGUCAUAAUGCCACAUACCUGUCUAGAUUGACUAUUGUGAGCAUAUUAGGGUAUCAGAUAGUGUAGAAUCUUCUGUCAGUCACUGUCUUGUCAAGAGUUGAAUAAAGCUUCACACUGAGCAUUUUAACUUGUUAGCAGAAGUGACGGGAGGCUUUAGAGAAGAGGUGUCUUUAGGUGAGGUUAAAAGAGAAAUGCCUUCUCUAUCCCAGGCCACCCUUCACUUUCUGCCUUUGAAGUAACCAGGACAGUUUUGAACUUGAGUGUGUUUCUUUGAGAACAGCUCCACAGUCAUCUGAAGAGUGUGGAAUGAAGAGCUCAGGGAAUUUAAGAGCGAACUCUUCAGUCCUGACAACUGGGCAACAGUGCUUUAAGGAGACUCCCAGGGCUGUCAUUUCAAACUUCAUUGUUGAUUGAGUUUAACCCCCCUUGGGAUGAAUGUCCACAUUCAUUUAGCAUCUGUUUUUGACUGACUGCAAGAUAAUGAGUUUUAAUUUGUGUUGCAGAUGGGCAUUCGGUUCUAAUUUCCAUCUGUUUCCAGAUCAUGUCCUCUGAAUAACAAUUUUUCUUAAAAUUGCUUAGCAGAAGGACUGGGAAGCCUGCAUCCCCUUUGAAAUCAGAAUAGACCUCACCACCAUUCAAAUUUAGACCUGUUUGCAAGAUCAAGGAGAGCACCUACCCAGAAAGGUGAAGGUGCUAGCUCUGUGGUAGGAUGAUUUGAUAUGACCUACUUGAAGUUCAGAUAUUUAAAAACUUUUGUAUCAACAAAUCCAUCCUUCUAGAAUUAAAGAUAUUUUCAGUAGGAUUUCAGGGCCUCAUUGUACUAAAUUUUCCUCUUACCCUAAGUAAUAAUAGACUUGAUGAUUUGGAGUUUUGGUACCAACCCAGUUUUAAAUGCCCUCUCCUACUGUGGAGCAUUGAUGUUUUUUCAGUGGGAAUGCAGCCUUAUUGAUCUACCCUUUUUUUUCCCCUUUUCUUAAAAUGUUCCUCUUUGAACUUCCUGGAACUGAUUUCUACAAACAGAAUCUAAGGAAUUUCCAACCUGCUCUGCAAUAUAGUGUGCUAUGUUGUUUUUCCCCCAAGCCCAAAACCAAAAUACCACCCCAUCCCACCAUCGACCAUCACCACCCUAAAUAUCCAAGACCAGUGUUAUUUAUUGAUCACCAUAUUCUUUCCUACUGAGCCUGGACAAAGCCUCAGAACCUCUCACAACACAGCAGUUGGCACAAUGACUACCACUUGAUUGGAAUUGGUGUGCGAGGGUAGGUCUGUUUGCCAUCCCAGCUCUAUCCUCAUAAUUUCUUAAGGUGGUUUGAGAUCUCAGGUUAGCUCUGGCAGGAGAGUAACAGGACUGCACCCGUGCACUCCUGAUCGAUCCCGCCCUGUGGCUAUCAGGGGCAGCACCAAUGGCAGGAAAAAGGCCACAUGCUUCCCACCCACUGCCCUUGUGGACUACAAUUCCGACUUAAUAAUCUCUAAUCACUGACACUGAAUUCCAAAAUGUCUCUUCAUUUACAUCAUUUCAUUGUGUUAAAUGAGCAUGUUCCUCCACUACCUUCUAUAAACCGAAAGUUAACCUAAGUCCCAGUCACUUGCUUCUUCCUUAGACUCUAUGAGACUGAUCUACCAAAACAGUGUGACACUCUUUUUCAUCCUUUGACUUGUACUGUCAGUAUGAAUUUUGUGCCAUUCUAGCAGCGAGAUUUUUCUUCAUUGCUGAUUUCAGUGAAAAAAAUGUGCUCAUAUACUCACCCUGCCAUGGUUACCAACCUCACAGGCUAGCACGUAAAAUCAUAUUAGUCUGCUUGUUUGCAUGUUACAGCCAAUACUGCAAGCACCUAUUCAAACUGGAAAGAACUAGGCUGCCAAGUGGAGGACCCUUGUGGAACCUGGAACACUUCUCAGGGACAGGUGGCAGAAGAGGGGAGCUCUGAGAUCACCGUUCUGAGAAACAAGGUUACCCCAAAGGAGUUGGGUUAAGCCUUUUAACUGUCAUGUGCACAGAGCAUGAUGGCAGGAUUUCACACAGAACCAGCCCCCAAGCAGAUGGCAAGGCCACUGUUUAAGGAAACUUCUGGCUGAAUCCCAGGCCUAGUCUCUAGAGCCACAGAGAGCACUCAGGGGAACGCUGGCUUCUACCCCAGGCUGCUGCCUGUGACCAGGCAGACAGGGUCCUCCAAUGGCUGCAGGCCAGAGGGACCUCCACUCCAGAACAUGCAAGCUAACCUCACUGGCCGUACUGUCCAGGUAGCUCACCACCUCCAGAGUGACAAUGUCUCAGACUCUGGAAGUGGGACGACCCACUUUGAUUCUUGAUUGCAGUAAUUUGAGUUCCUUUCUAUUUGGAGCAAAUUAACUUCUUUUUUUGAAGUCAGGUCUCAAGAUGAACUCCCUCAUCUGUCUCCUCUGUGGUCUCCAGUACCAUCCGUUCCCCUGCUCCCUGUGUGGGUUCUGAUGCCGGCUCCCUCUUUGUAGUGAACAGUUGUACAGCGAUGGGAACAAGAGCGACUAUCAAAGCAAACCACUGCAUGGAAUUAAACAAAAAGCAUACUUCACUGUUUCUGUCCUGUCUUUUCCUUAGGUACUGUUUGCGGUGGGAGAGCUGGUUCCUGUGGCUCUUUCGUCAGACACACCCACAGAAGGAAGAGACGAUCAUCACUUUCUUUUGUGAUAGUCUCUUCAUGAUUAUUCUGUGCCAUCCUAGACAGGCACUCUGCUUCUUCCCUACAGCUUUCCUGCUGCCCAUCUUACAGCUACUUCUCUGUUAUUAGCAUCCCACUCAACAGUGAGCAAUAAGAGGAAGAAGGCUAAAGUGAAAAUCUGGCUUCCAAGGUAUCCAACUGGUAAGAUGCCUGGGAGGAGAGGGCUAAGACACCACUUUGGAUUGUCUGAUUUUCAGCCAAUCCUGAUUCCCACUGGCAAGAGGAAUUGAAAGUUAGUGACAGUACCAACACACCACUCAGAACAUUUAUAUACAUUUAUUUGGGAAGCUGUAAACUCACAACAGAUAAGGCACAUUGUUGCAAAAUCCUGGGGGAGGAGAUAGAGAGACAAAUCCAAGGAUCUUAAUAAGAGGGCAAAGUGCAGAGAGCUUCCUUGUUUCUCCCCUUCCCACCUCCUACUUCUGAAUACAAGAGCCAGGAUUUCCAAGUCCAGCUGGCCUCAUUAUCAAGCUUCUUUUUAAGCAACACAUCCUUAAAAAUGAAGUCCUUAUUGGGUUGUUGGUUUGUUUUGUUUUUUGUUUUGUUUUGUUUUGUUUUUGGAUUAUACCAUGUCCAAAAAACACUGCUUGGAAAAUUCAUUCUUCAUACUCAAGUAUUACCAAGAAUUCACGUACAACAACUGGUCUACAUUAAAGGCUCGGCAAGAUUCUUGGCCAAGUCAAAUCAAAAACCCAGCAGAUGGUGCCUAAGGGCAACAGCUCUGCUAAGAAGUGAUGAGCUACUCCUACAGGGUACGGGGUCCCAGAGGUGGUCAGUUUAGGUGCCAAGGCCCUUCUGUCCUUGGAAGCAUUAACCCAGGUCUGGGCCAAUUCAAUAACAUAGCAAUAGGAAGCAAUGACAGCUACAAAUAAUUAAAAUACAACACCACAAAGUUAACCAAAACCAAGCUUUCACCUUUGAAUUAAAAAAUAAAAUAGUUAUUCCUCAGUGAUGCUCAGGAAAUGAUAAAAAUGAAAAAGAAAAAAAAAAGGCAUUCAGAAGGUAUACUGGCUGAUAUCUGAGUGUACUGCAUCCAUUCUCCCAGCAGGAGGAGGGAGGAGGGAUUUCUAUACAGAAAGGACAGACUAGAAAAUGUACUGGCGAUCAUUUGGUUCAGCCAUCCAGAUGGGUUAAGAAUUUGUCCAGAACAUAUCCACAACAUAGAGAGUUCACUCCAUUCAUAUUUAAUAGUUCAUCUGCAGUCGGAUUAAUUGUCAAGAUAUGCAACCAAAAGAGGAUCUGACACGUGGUGACAUCAGUGCAUCUGAACAUAAAUAGCAUCCCAGCAAUCACUGUGCUUUUGAGCUGCACAUGGAAGGUCUGUGCAGUUCAUCGGCUUGUUUCCCUUGAUUUAUGGAAGAGGUAGGUCAAUCGG